ACUAAAAAGCGCCGGUCGUGUCAAAAACUGAAGUGCGGUUAACUGCUGCGACGUAAAUAUAAGUGUAAACAUAAACAAAGAGUGCACACAUUUUUCCGAGGAUGGAUUACUACUCGACGCCCAAAAAUUUAAAGAACGAUGACUUGGCAGUUACUGGUGUAUCAAGAAGUGGUAGAGUAAGAAAGAAGUCAUCAAAAUUAGUUGAUUUUGAAUCCCCAGAUGAUAUCACAGAGCAAAAGCUCAAAAGGCAAAAAGCUCAACAACAUGCACAUGCUCAACAGUUAUUACAGCAAUUUGAACAAAAAUUGCAAAGUACCAAUUCUCCACUGCAAAGUACUGCAUUUAAACCAAAUAAACCUGUCCAACCAGCGAAACCUGUACAGCAAAGAAGUACUCCACAGCCAACAAAACCCUUUCAACAAAAGAAUACUUUCCAAAAAACUAAUUUCUCACCCCAGACUAUUACUAUUCAAAACAGAAAGAUCAUUCAAAAUACAAAUGUAAAUAAUCUUCAAAGGGCCAAAGUUGCUCAACAACCACAAAAUUCUUAUCCAGUGAAUAAUUUUCAACCACUUGUUAAAAAAGAAGUGCAAGAAAGCAUCAAUGAAAAGGAAGAAUCAUCAAGCGAAGAAUCUAGCUCAGAUGAAGAAGCAGAAGUAGCUAAUGGAUCUAAUUUUAAUGCUCAUGAAAUGAAACAAGAUCAUGGCAUGGGUGUAGAAUCUAUGAGCGAUGAAAAUGAUAUUGACGAUAUGGAUGUUGAUGACGAUGAUGAUGAUGAUGAUGAUGAAGACAACAUAACUGCUGAAGAAGAAGAAACUGAAAUUGCAACAAGUGGAUUUACAAAACUUGAACCACCAGGUCAAAACACCAAAAAUAGUUUAUACAUGUUGGAGAAAUAUAAAAAAAAAAUUGUUAUUAAAGAUGGAAAGGUUAUUAACAAAACUACAAAAACUCAGCGUAAAGACAAAGGGAAAUCUCGUUUCACUGCAUACAUGCUAUGGGCCAAAGAAACCAGACAGCAAUUACUUGAACAAAACCCAAAUCUAGAUUUUUCUACGUUAUCGAAAAAGUUAGGAGAACUCUGGAGUCAAGUUCCUCAAUUAGAAAAGUAUAAUUGGGACAAACGUGCUAAGCGAAUGGCUUUGACACCUGCUACAGGAAGCAAAGAUAAUAAAUUACCUCCUCCCAAUUCAAGAACAUUUAUUAACAAAACUAACAUGAAUAGAGAUUCUGUAUCUCCAAAAAAAAUUAUACAUCUAGAGCAACCCUCUAUAGGAAAGAAAGUACCUGAAUCACCUACAAAUAAAGACUUGAUGCUAAAUGAAGCUUAUUUAGGAACAGGAAUGUACAAAGUUACCGGCACCCAACCAAUCGAUGCAGCUGCUCAUUUGACUCUGCUCGGAGAGAGUUUGACAAGUAUUGGCAAAAGCCUAGAGGAAAACGAAGGACAGAUAAAAGUAUCUGGUAGCCUUUCUCUACUUUUAGACUCUUUUCUAUGCGCCAUAGGACCGUUAUUAUGUCUCACGCAACAAAUACCUGAAAUGAAUGGAGCUACUCCCGAAAGUUUAUCUACGACGCUCGAAAACGUUGCGUACAUAAUGCCAGGAGUAUAAAUAAUGAACUUAAUUUUAAAU